AUGGCAUGGGAGCUUUCUCGAGUUAGAUUAGUGUUGAGAGCCAUGUUCGUAGUUUUCGUAGUUUUAGCUGUCUGGUCGAUCGCCAGCUUUGUGACCGAUACGACAAAUAUUACUGAUGGAACCGGUGCUCUUGGAAACUCGCCGAAAAGCCCACCGGUGAAAAUCCAAAUUUAUUACGAAUCCCUAUGUCCUGAUAGUAGAUCUUUCAUCGUUACGCAACUGUUGCCAUGCGUGGAACGUUUCCCGACGCAUGUCUUGGACGUGGAGUUGAUUCCAUACGGAAAAGCCGAGACGAUCCGGUCAAGUGAUGAUUACACAUUCGAAUGUCAGCAUGGGCCGUUGGAGUGUGAAGGUAACAAGGUACAUUCCUGUGUGAUAGCAGCUGUAAAGGAAGGAGAUGAUCCGAAACAAAUAGUGCGUUAUGUCGACUGCAUGAUCAAGAGGAAUCGAGAUCCACUGGGGAUUGGAAAACAGUGCAACGAUAACCUGAAGUUCGGGCAUUGGGAUGAAAUUCAGGCGUGUUCCAAGGGGAAGCAAGGCAAUCAGCUGCUUGCGAAGUACGGUGAAAUGACGCAUAAUCUUCGACCGAAAAUUGAUUUUAUUCCAACCAUCGUAAUCAACGGCCUCCUUGCUGGUGGGGGUCUGUCACCCAAGGAAAGACUAGGUGCCUUGGCGGGGGCAGACCGCCAAGCGCGGAGGGUGGACCGCCAAGCGCAGGGGGCUUGGCGGUCAGGGGUUGAUUUCUGUGCGGGCUUGAGGGUGGAAAUAUCCGGUAUCGGCCUCGAUUUAAUUGUAAAUCUGAAAAUUCCUCAAACCGGUCGUCGAGAUGAGGUCGAUAUGAAGAUUAUUCGUGAGCUAACCAAUAAAUACGGAUCGAGUCUCCUGUUUCCGCGAUUUCUGACGAUGAAUUUCGGCAACGGAGGGGAGAAAUCCCUCGCUCCACAGCCUGGAUUUACAUGGCAGCCUGAUACCAAUGGAUUAGCGCAAAUUCUUGAAUUGUUGAAGCAGUCGCAAGCUUCAAAUAAUGACAUUCAGCAGGCUGUUCGGCAUAAACUGGAGGAACUGAACCGCUAUCCUGAUUUCAACAAUUACUUGAUCUUCGUCUUGACGCGUCUCACUUCGGAAGAUGAUGCCACUAGAUCCCUGGCCGGAUUGAUCCUGAAAAACAACGUCAAGAGUUACUGGCUAAGCUUCCCUCCUGACGUCAAAGAAUUUAUCAAGUCAGAAUGUCUUCAUGCCAUUGGGGACUCCUCUAACCUUAUUCGAGCCACUGUGGGCAUUCUUCUCACCACUAUCGUCAGCAUGAGGGGAGAGUUACCAAGCUGGCCGGACUUCAUUCCGAGACUUACCGUUAUGCUCGAUUCUGUCGAUGACAACGUUUGUCUUGGUGCGUUUGGUGCUUUGCAAAAAAUCUGCGAAGAUUCCGCGGAAAUGUUGGAUCACGAAGCCCUCAACAGGCCGGUUGACUCCCUCAUUCCGAAGUUCAUCUCCUUCUUUGGGCAUAAAAAUCCGAAAAUCCGUGCACACGCCAUCUCUUGCAUCAAUCUCUUCAUCGUAGGGAAAACCGACUGUCUGAUGAACCAUAUAGACGCAUUCCUUAAAAACCUGUUCCUCCUCUCCAAUGAUGAGGAUACGGAAGUUCGGAAAAAUGUUUGUCGUGCGCUAGUGAUGUUACUUGAAGUCAGAAUGGAUCGGCUCAUCCCCGAGAUGCACAAUAUAGUGGAAUAUAUGCUGUUACGGACUGAAGACGCGGACGAAGUCGUCGCUUUAGAAGCAUGCGAAUUCUGGUUGUCUCUUGCAGAACAGCCGAUUUGCAAAGAAAUUUUAGUUACACACCUGAACCGUUUGGUACCUACGCUUGUUCGUUGCAUGAAGUAUUCCGCUGUGGAUAUUAUGCUCUUGAGAGGAAAUGUUGAAGAUGAUGGAAUGAUCCCUGAUCGAGAUGAAGACAUUCGUCCAAGAUUUCACAGGGCAAAAGCGCAUGGUCAAAACCAGCCGAGGCGUCAUUCAAACUCCGAGUCUGGGGUGAUUGAUGGCGUCCCCGCGGUUCACAGUGCGGACUUCAUGGAUGGAGACAUGGAUGAUGACGAAGACGAUCCGGAUGCGGAUGAACCUAUGUCUGAUUGGAAUUUGCGCAAGUGUUCUGCUGCUGCGCUCGACGUUCUCGCGAACGUUUUCCGAGAGGAGCUUCUUGACGUGUUGCUGCCAGUGUUGAAGGAAACUGUUACCCACGAGGACUGGAUCAUAAAGGAAUCUGGCAUUCUUGCCUUGGGUGCCGUGGCGGAGGGCUGCAUUGCCGGGAUGCUGACGCACUUGCCUGAACUCGUGCCGUACUUGAUCAACUGUUUGUCCGACAGGAAAGCCCUUGUGCGAUCCAUUACUUGCUGGACGCUGAGUCGAUAUUCCCAUUGGGUAGUACAACAGUCAAAGGAGGUAUUUUUAAAACCGUUGAUCGACGAGCUCUUGAAGCGAAUUCUGGACCCUAACAAACGCGUGCAAGAAGCAGCUUGCAGCGCGUUCGCCACCCUCGAAGAAGAUGCGUGCACAGAACUCGUUCCUCAUCUCCGCUUCAUUCUCGAAACUCUCACUUUUGCCUUCUCCAAGUACCAGCACAAGAAUUUGCUCAUCUUGUACGAUGCCAUAGGCACUCUGGCCGAAAGUGUAGGACACCAUUUGAAUCAGCCCGAGUACAUUGAGUUGUUGAUGCCGCCGCUGAUCGCCAAGUGGAAUUCCUUGCGGGAUGAAGACAAGGACUUGUUUCCUUUGUUGGAAUGUCUGUCGAGCAUCGCGACGGCUUUGCAAAACGGAUUUUUGCCAUAUGCGCAGCCAGUGUAUACUCGUUGCGUUUCGCUCAUCGAGCAAACUACGAACCAGACGCUGGCCAGCCAAUUGCAUCCUGAGCAGGUGGAUGCUCCAGACAAAGAUUUCAUGAUAGUGGCAUUAGACUUGUUGAGUGGCUUGGCGGAAGGCCUCAACGGGCACAUUUCCGAGCUUGUUGGCAAAUCAAACCUUCUAUCGCUACUGUACGGUUGUAUGCAAGACCAGAUGCCCGAAGUCCGCCAAAGUUCAUUCGCUCUCCUCGGAGACCUCACCAAAGCCUCUUUUGAACACCUGGCCCCGCACAUCCCGGACUUCAUGCCAAUACUGGGCGCCAACCUGAACCCUGAUUUAAUUUCUGUGUGCAACAAUGCCACGUGGGCCAUCGGCGAAUUGUCAAUUAAGAUGGGCGCGGAGACGAAAGUUUACGUUUCGUUAGUAUUGGAGCAGUUGGUGAGCAUCAUAAACCGGCCGAGCACACCCAAGACUUUGUUGGAAAAUACUGCGAUCACACUGGGAAGGAUUGGAGCUGUGUGUCCGCAGGAAGUGGCGCCGAUGCUGAGCGCCUUUAUUAGGCCUUGGUGCAUGGCGCUGAGAAAUAUUAGGGACAAUGAAGAAAAGGAUUCUGCGUUUCGUGGAGUUUGUCUGAUGAUUUUUUCUAGAACUCAAAUGGCUGAUUUUGGGAAAAUGGAUGAUCGGGCAGACCCGACGCAACCAUUGCCGAUUACCGAAAGGAUUGUUACCCACGACAACGGUUUCGUGAAUAUUGUGAAAUUUUGUCCCCAUAAACACGCUCCAUGGCUUUUGGCCGCAGUAACUCAAAGCGAAAUCCUCGUCUUCAAUUUUCAAAUGCUCGCCAGUCACGUGAACCCGGAUAAUGUGGAUUAUCGCGUAGCUCAAGUCGCAGCAGUUCCGAUUUCUGCAGUUGGGAAAUUUGGCGUCACGGAUAUCGCCUGGGACUCCGCGAGUUGUGACGCGGAAGUCGCUGGUGUUUCCCAAGGCGGCUUUCACUUCUUCGUUGCCAGCAAGGAUUUGAUCAAAUUCCUCAGCAUUCCCGUUCAGGACACUUCUGAUUAUACUGUCGUGACGCUUGGUCGACAUGAAGGACUGAGGUCGGUGGCAGCAUCGUACGAGAAGACAUAUUUGGGUUUCACGGCGUGUGCUUCAGUUGGAUCUGAUACGAAGUGCCGGAUCUGGAAACCAUUCAAUAUUGAUGCGAAUCAGCCAUCUGACUGUGAAGUGUCUUUUGAACUUGGGUUUUCCGGAAAGGAAGUACAGUUUCAUCCGGCUCUUCCGGAUAUGCUUUUAGUCGUGGGUAUUAGUGGAACAGGAACAUUUUUCAGCUUGAAAACGAUGCGAUGCGUAGCAAAGUUGGAUUUCGGUGACGAAGUACCUGGUUUGGUGUUCUCUGCGGAUUGGAAUCUGGAAAUGCCUUCCAUGGUGGUGAUGUGUUCCAGGUCCGGUUUGAAGUUUACCAGGAAUUGCGGAAAGCAAUACAACAGAGUUGCGACUGCGGCUCGUUGGUGUCCUUCGAAUGCGGAUGUGCUCGCAAUAAUCGACAAGUCCGGAGAUAGCGUGUCAAUUUUGACCGACGACGGAGCUAUAAUGACAAAUUUACCCGCAAAAUGCAGUACCAUCUCUUGGCAUGCGUGUCAUCCUGUUCUUGCUAUUGGAAUUUGUAAUAAAAUUAUUUUCCAUCGGGAAGAAAAUCCCCCAGCUGUUGACGAAAUGGAUUUCGACUUCGGCGAACCUUCGUUACCAGCAGCGACGCCGUUACGGAUACGAGCCCCGGGUGAGACGGAACUGAGAGGCGGUGCAAGAAAGAAAACCGCCUCGAUGGAAUCCGUGAUCUCGAGCAUGCGGAAACACGGGCUCGCUGGAAGAAGUUCCUCUUCCUCUGGGUCCAACCUUCCCGGAGGAAAUCAAAGUUCGGAAGUUGCAGCUCCUUUUGCAGUCAAGUCUGAUCCCUCGAGCCAAACACGUGCUACACCUCCGCAGUCGGGGUCCACUCCACCACCAGCUACCACCAACGAAGGCAGUUGA